AAGAAGUCUCUACCUCAGAUGUGGCUAGAUCCCUGCAGAUAAAAUGCAACUGGUCAAAGAGCCUGUCUACGUCCCUUUCCUGAUUGUCGGCUCCAUCUUCAUCGCCUUCAUCAUCCUGGGCUCUUUAGUGGCCAUCUAUUGCUGCACCUGCUUGAGACCCAAGGAGCCCUCCCAGCAGCCAAUCCGCUUCUCCCUCCGCAGCUACCAGACAGAGACCCUGCCCAUGAUCUUGACCUCCACGAACCUCAGAGCACCUUCCAGGCAGUCCAGCACAGCCACCAGCUCCAGCUCCACGGGCGGCUCCAUCCGAAGGUUCUCCUUUGCCAGGGCGGAGCCAGGCUGCUUGGUGCCCUCGCCACCUCCGCCGUACACCACAGGCCACCCAAUCCACCUGACCCAGCCGUCUGGUUUCCUGGUGUCACCCCAAUACUUUGCGUACCCGCUCCAGCAGGAGCCCCCACUGCCUGGGAAGACCUGUCCAGACUUCAGUUCCAGUUGACAGGCCCCGGCCAUACAUCCAACACGCGGUACCGGGGCAGGCGGGUGGGAUGCUGCUGUCAAUGCCACAGAUAUUUGCAAGGAAACUUCCCUGGAACCCAGCGAUGCCAUGGAGGAGAGUUAGGAAAAUACGACGCUUUCUAGUCUUCAGGUUCCUGGCUCCAGUCACAGCAUGACUGUGUUAGAUAACUGCUUUCUGGCUUUGAAAACAUGGUGACCAGUACAUUUCAAUUUAUGCUACUUUUAUUCAAAAGAUACAAUAGUUCAAACUUUACAGUUGCCAACAGGUUGAAGAUGUUUUAUUGGACAACUCAGCUGUACUGUUUAGAAAAAGUCUACAUGUUCUUUUCUCAUUAUAAGUUGUUUAGUGAAUUAUAAUACAAAUAUAUGCAUAAAUAAGCAAAGGGCAAUACCUGGUUGUACUAGUAAUUGUUGAAGGUCCACUUAAAAGAAUUUACUACUAAGUAAACUGAGGGGACAGUGAACGACCUAUUUAUGAUUUUGGGAGCAACCUAACCAUGAAUAAUGUUAGCAUCAUCAGAAACAGUUACUUUUUAAGUUAAUAAUUAAAUUGUGUUUAAACUAUAAGAGCUUUUUUUCAGAAUACAAGAUUUUGAUAACCACAGGAGGCGUUUAAAGUUUUCAGUAUUUACUCAGCUAUUCAUGGUAACACAGGAUGUAUGUGAACGCAUUUCCCCCACCCACCUGAGGGAAUAUUUAUUGCAGACUUUUUGUUCAGCAAUAUUUUCUGUUUAAGUGAAAGUUGGACAGUUGGGUCUUAAAACAUUUAUAUGUAAAAUGAAUUAUGUACAAAUGUAAAGAUUUAUAAUUUAAUGGAUUUACCACAUUGACGGUACUAAUUAUUUAGUAGUCACACUGUAAUUUUUUAUGUUAAUAUUAACUGUGGAGUUCAAAGUCCAGCUACUGGUUAUAAUCAUCUAGUGUUACAUAUUGCAAACGUCACUGAGUUCCAUGUCUGAUGACUAUGCAUUUGGGCAUGUAUCCUGCUGGGUUAGAAUAAAUAAAAUACUUGUUUUCAUGAAAUCUAUUUGAAAUUUUAGAGCAAAGCGCUUCAUUUUAUCUCUUUAAUGAUACUCUUUGCUAUUCAAUAAAAGGAAAAUUUUUACUUAA